AUGCUCACUCCCACAUUCCAUUAUAACAUUCUUCAAGAAUACCAUGAGAUAUUCGCACAGCAAGGCGAGGUAACAUAUCAUAGUCGAGAAUAUGUUGAUCAAUUUGCCAUUGCGAUAAUGCUGGAUCUUUCUAGAUCCUUGUUACCUAAGACAAUCGACUUUAAUUCAGAAACUGCCAUGGGCACUUCCAUCAACGCUCAAAUCGGGGGAAACAACGAAUACGUGCGCGCUGUACAGAGAUUGAGUACCCUAAUCUGGGACUAUCAGAGGUUUAGCUGA